AGUACAAAGAGAUUAGAACGAAAAUGUGAGGGUCCAAAGUCUAAGUUCUAAAAAUUAUCCAAUCCAAUAACAAGAACAAUAUUAAGAGAAGUCAAUCUUGAAAAAAUCUGGCAUUGGAUAUUUAUUCAAUUUAUGGAUUGAAUUCCAAGAGAGACAAAGUCAAAGGAAUAAGAAUGGUGUUCAGCAGCAUGCUGGUGGUGUCAGUGGCACGUGUCUCCGGUGAGGCGUGGCAGUGGGCGGCGUGCAUUGGUGAGCCACUCACGACGGAGCAGUUGGUGGAUCUUCUCUGCUGCUUCCCUCUUCACCAAUUGGGUCGUCUUGCUCUCUGCCUCUGCUCUUUCUUCUGCCUCCCGAACCCUGAUUCCUACUACUACUACUCCUCUUACCUUCCUUCUGAUGAUGAUGAUGAUGAUGAUCUUGCUGAUGAUCAUGAUGAUUAUUCUUCUUCCACCUCCAUUGACUUUGAUGAUGACUUCUACUACCAUUCCCAUUCUGAUUGAUAGUUUUAUGCUGCUUUCUUGCAACUUCAUGCCCCCACCCUUUUUCAGUUGUAAAGAACUUGCCUGCAAAUCAUCUUCAUGAAGAGAUGUCACCAACUGCAAUCUCAAAUUUCUCAUUCAGUCACCUUUACUGGUUGCUAAUGGACAAGGAUUUUUUAUUUUUCUUUUUCUUUCUUUUUCAGAAUAAGAUAAUUAAUUAGGCACUUUAGUAGUGUGUUUUAAGUUACCUCCAUGCUCUAUUGUAUAGAAGCAUCUCCUACACUUAGAUUGUUGAGCUGAUUAAUUAAUCACUUCACAUCUUUAUAUAUAUCCCUGUAAAGAUUGAUAUUAUUAUUGGUGUUAAUAUUGUUGCAAAAUUGCAAUCCAAAGAGAGCACCAAUGAUAUAGGUUAGGUUUAUUAUAUUCACUAUUCAGGACUGGAAUUUUGUAUAUAGUACAAACCUUGAUUAAUUAUUUUCGAAAUCUUGUUCCUGUUA